UUGGACUCCAUUAUUUCCUUACUCCCUAAGCAAAUUUCUCAAAAUAAAUAAAAACUUUCCAUUCAUCUCUAAUCAGAACUCACACACUACACAAGAUGCAGGAGCCUCUACUCUCUGAGAAAAGGAGUUACUCGGGAGAGAACUCAGAGAAGGAGAGCGAAAAAUGGAGCUCGUAUCAGCACGUGGGAAGAACAAACUCAAUUAUUCCAACUGCUUCGUUGGCGGGAACCGAAGUCAGCGUUGAAGAAAUUCGAUCAGCUGCCUCUUCUUCCGAUCACUACCCUCCGUCGAUUCACGCUCCUUUGAUUAGUUCACCAGAACCCGAUCCUCAACAGCAAGAUAUUGUGUAUCAAGGCGGGUACUACGGAGGAGAUUAUGGUAGAAAUGUGAAUGAAUUUCGGCGGCAAAUAUUGGAUGAGGUUGAGAUAAGGGAGUUGCUCAUUGAUCAUGUUGGUCAUCGUUGCUGUUGGGGAAGUCGUCCUGCUCGGACAUGGAAGAUUCAUGCAGUAGAAGACUGCAAUGUCUAUGUGGGAACUCUUGAAACAUUCAUAGAGGAGAGGGAAACUAUAAGAGAAACAGAGCCUUACCUUGGUGGCAAAUUUGAUGGAAAAGAUAAUGAGCCCAAACUAGGCAUCUGGGAAUUGGAUCUAAAGUCACAAUUUCCUGUUCUAUUUGUACCUCAUGAAGAAACACGAAUGAAAAUUCCUCGUUCUGAAACCAUCGAGAAAUGCCCUGGCUGUGCAGGACGAGGGAAUAUCGUAUGUCGCACUUGCAAUGCAGAUCAAGAGCCUGGAUCUUAUAAGGAAAACCAGAUGACUCAGUGCCCUAAUUGUUAUGGGAGGGGUUUAAUUGCUCAUAAAGAUGGAUCUGACACAAUAUGUGCAAAAUGCAAUGGAAAUGGAAAAAUUCCUUGUGCAACUUGUGGAUCUCGUGGGCUUAUAAAAUGCGAGACAUGUCGUGGAAGUGGUUCUUUCUUGACACGCAGUGUUGCCAUUGUUAGAUGGAAGACUCUUUCCACUAGACAAGUAAGUGCAGCGAGCGGAGCAGCGUCUGUCCCAGAUGAGGUUUUCCACAGAGCAAAAGGGGUGCAGUUGUGCAAUACUCAGGCAUACCAGUGUUCUCCUGCCUUUUUUGCAGACUCUUUCUUUCUGAACAAGUUUUCUUCUGAAGUCAUUGCAGAAAGGGCUCCCAUACCUCCAACUGCAAGGGUUAUAUGUGAAAGGCAUACAAUCUCUGUUGUUCCGGUGACACGUGUCACCAUGUCUCAUCGAGGAGGUCGAUCCUUCAGUUUCUAUAUCAUUGGUUGUAGCAGGGAGGUGUACUUGAAGGACUACUAUCCCGCUAGGUUUUGCUGGGGGCUUUGUCCUUGCUUAGAGUGGUUAAAGUUGUAAAAAGGCAGAUUCCCAAGUUUGAAAUCUAGUCAUUUAUGCCAACUGAUGUUGUGUGAGUUACUUUUUUGCAUGAGUGGCAAUAAGUUGGCCUAUUUUUCUCUUUUGACAAAUUGAAGAUUGUAUAAGAAUAAGAAGUUUGUCUCUUUUGAAGGCUGUAAUUUUUUAUGAUUGUUUUUUUCAUAUUCACAUUAUACAUAAUGAUCUAAUUAACUGUU